GUUGGUUUGCCUGCUUUGCUUCCGCAUUUCCAUCCAACUUUCUCCGUCCGAUUCAUGACGCUCCCCUCGCGGUGAUCAUCCCCCCUCCUCGCUGGUCUCCUCUCCAUUUAUCUCCUCACUCGCCUCGCACACCAUGUUUCGUUCCGCACCCAGAGCCAUUCUCCGCGCGCCCGCCGUCGCCGUCCGUGGCCCGGCCAGCAGACGAUUGAUAAGCACCGCACCCGCAGACUCCAAGCCGAGGAGUUGGAAGAACACCGCUGCCCGGUUGGGUCUGGCCAUUGGCGCCGUCUACUACUAUAACACGAGCCCAAUCUUUGCUCAAACCCCGUCGUUCUCCCUCCUCUCGCAAACCGACUCCGAUUCCGUCGAACCCAACACCACCCUCACCCUCGACUCCGUCAAGCCCAAGAUCCGUGAACAGAAGAAGGCUCCUACGCCGGCCCCUGCCCCUGCUCCUGUUCCCGCCCCCGCUGCCCCCCAACAAGAUGCGCAACCCCCCUCCGACGCCGCGCUGAUGUCCCCCGAGGAACUCGAGGCCGAGGCCGGCCAGGAAGGUGCCUUCAACCCGGAGACCGGCGAGAUCAACUGGGACUGCCCGUGUCUGGGUGGUAUGGCCCACGGACCUUGUGGCGAGGAGUUCAAGGCCGCGUUCAGCUGCUUCGUGUACUCGUCCGAAGAGCCGAAGGGUAUUGACUGCAUUGACAAGUUCCAGGGCAUGCAAAACUGCUUCAGACAACAUCCUGAAGUGUACGGGGCCGAGCUCGAAGACGACGAGGCCGCUCCCGCUCCCGCUACUCCCGAGACCUCCGACGAGCAGCCCGUGACGGCCGCUCAGAUCGACGCCGCCUCUCUGCCCGAGGAGAAGCGCGCCCAGGCACAGGAGAUCGUCGCCCAGACGAAACAGGAACUCGCGGAGAAGGGUGAGCUGGCUGAGAGCCAGGCCUUGGUUCCUAAGGCUGCCCAUGAUGCCGAGAAAUAGUGCUACCCGGAGCAAUACAUACGAUACCUCCGACAGGAUUGGCGAGAAGCUUGGAUUAAUCAGAACAUGUGAUUAGCAGCGAAGACAUGAGGGAGGGGAAGAGAAGGGGGGUCCGGAU